GCCACUUUUCUUCCAUACCAUGUACCUGUUUCGUACAUUGCACAUCUCACUUUUCAGGUUCGCUACAGUCAUUCCUUCCGUUUCUCAGCUAUGUCGAGAAUUUCAACGUUGACCGCUUCGGAGGCUGGAAUGCCGCGACAAAUUGAUCUGUCUAAGUGUUGUGUUGGAGUCUACAGUUCGGCCCACUCUCAGAUGAACUUUCGUAUGAGAAUCGCCAACCCGGUCAUAAACUCAUAUGUUUUGCCGAAAGACACAGACCAUCCACACUCAGAUGACAAUGCCCGCUCUCAGAUGAACUUUCCUUCUUACACUACCUUAUACCAGCUGUUCUGUGCUCUGCCGUCGCAACCUUUGGACACGGAGCCUUGGGGGCAAGAUGUAAGUUCCAACGGAAUGCAUUUCAAAUGCAUUUUGAAAGCAUUCUGAACCAACACAGCUUUGGGCGAACUCUUCUAAUAGGUUAGAAAUGAAUUACGAACAUAUCCCUAAUACAUUAUAUACCAAAUCUUUAGAAACUGGGC